CUCUGUUUUAAUUAGAAUAUAACAAAAUGGGCAAGCAAAGAACAACAAGAAAGUUUGCUGUAAUGAAGCGCAUGAUUAGCAACAAUGAUACUCGAUUAAAAGAAGCUAAAGAGAAACAAAAGAAAAAGGAAGAAAAGAAGGAAGAAAAAUCAGUUCGCCACAUUCCUCAAGUGGCAUCUUCCAUGUUCUUUCAAUAUAAUACAGCACUUGGUCCUCCAUACCAUGUUUUGGUAGAUACUAACUUUAUCAACUUUUCUAUUCAAAACAAACUGGAACUUGUCAAGUCAAUGAUGGAUUGUUUAUAUGCCAAAUCUAUUCCUUGUAUUACAGACUGUGUUAUGGCAGAAUUAGAGAAAUUAGGACCAAAAUACCGUAUUGCGUUAAAGAUCGCACGAGAUCCUCGAUUUGAAAGACUUCCUUGUAGUCAUAAAGGUACAUAUGCAGAUGAUUGCUUAGUGGAUCGAGUCAUGCAACACAAGUGUUAUAUUGUCGCUACCUGUGAUCGUGAUCUAAAGCGUCGUAUACGUAAAGUGCCUGGUAUUCCCAUUAUGUAUAUUGCUAAUCAUAAGUAUACGAUUGAACGUCUUCCUGAAUUCGGUACAAACGCACAGUAAAAAGAUCAUUUAUUCAUACACAAUAAAUAUAAAGCAUUUGCAUUUUUUAAAAAAGGAAAUAAAAGGUGACGUUGAGUAGUAUCCAUAUUUAGAAAUCAUGUAAAAUACAGUGAAGGCAUCCUCGAUUUACGACAUAUCUGGCGAUAUCUUCAUGAGUAUGAAUCGGAA